ACUCGGCUGAGGGGAAGGAAACGGCCGGCGGCAGCAGUUUCCGUAGGGCUCCGGUGGAGGCGAAGGAGAGGCACCACCUGAGGGAGUUUUCAGGGUUAGCCGGGGCUGGAGCUGCGGACGGCCCUCGUUGCUCCCUCCGAAUAGCGGUGUCGCCUUCAAUGCCACCCAGUUAAGCCGUCGCCUGCGCAGAGUUCACAUUUUUUGAGAUAGACGACACGCAAACUACUGCUGUGAUAAUAAUAAAACAAGAUUUCCGUUCGGCAUUUUCACCCCCCCCCAACCCCACUUGCCCUUCGCCAUAAGGCCCCAGAGAACACUGAUGCAGUUAAAAAUAAAGUGAAACCGAUGUCUAACGCAGCGCCCAAAACACAGUUUAAAUAGGAAAAUAAAGGUCUCGGCUAUCAAAGGCCAGGUUAAAAGGUGCAGUUUCAGCAUAAAAUGAAAUCUGCAUCAAGCACCUCUGCAGAGGGGAGGAAAUUCUACAGUUUGGGGGCAGUCACGGAGAAUCCCCUUUCCAAGGCUGCAAAAAAGCUUGAGAGCAGAACAACUAUGAACCCCCCCCCCCAAUACAUACUUAAAGUUGCACGUCUAACUCCACUUACCUGGGAAUAAGCCCCAUUUAAUUUAAGAGGGGUUAUUUGUGAGUAUACAUGGCUGGGGUAGUGUCAUAGGUGUAUUUGUGUUAUAGGUUGUGGAAAGCAUCUGGAGAUGAGCAAUAGGCAUUUUUUCCCCAGAGUCUUGAAGGUUGUUUGCUCAUUCCAGUUUCCCAGGUUUGUAUUUCAGAAACCUAAAGCACCUGCUUGACUGGAGCCAGUGUGGUGUAGUGGUUAAGAGCGGUACUCCUCCACAUGCAGCUGCUGGGUGACCUUGGGCUAGUCACACUUCUUUGAAGUCUCUCAGCCCCACUCACCUCACAGAGUGUUUGUUGUGGGCGAGGAAGGGAAAGGAGAAUGUUAGCUGCUUUGAGACUCCUUCGGGUAGUGAUAAAGCGGGAUAUCAAAUCCAAACUCUUCUUCUCAUUCAAAAGAAAAAUACAGUGGUACCUCGGUUUAAGCACACAAUUGGUUCCGGAAGUCUGUACUUAACCUGAAGCAUACUUAACCUGAAGCGAACUUUCCCAUUGAAAGUAAUGGAAAGUGGAUUAAUCCGUUCCAGACAGUCCGCGGAGUACUUAACCUGAAGCGUACUUAACCUGAAGCGAACUUUCCCAUUGAAAGUAAUGGAAAAUGGAUUAAUCCAUUCCAGACGGGUCCGCGGAGUACUUAAACUGAAAAUACUCAAACCGAGGUGUACUUAAACUGAGGUAUGACUGUAUCUGUCCCAUGAGCAGCCUCUGUCAAAACAUUUUCAAUGUGGGGUCAGUGGCUUAGCACAGUGGUGUCCAAACUUCUUUCAAAGAGAGCCAGAUUUGAUGAAGUGAAGGGCUGUGAGGGCCGACUAAAGUUGUUGGCCUUUUUUUAGUAUUAGGCCCCCGAGGCGGACUUUGGACGUGACUGGCUUAGCACCUAGAAAUAUUGGCUGUUCACAAAAAAUAAAGGAAUGGGUAGUUGACUGGCUGCUCACAAAAUUGACUUUGGGGCACAUUAUAUGGUUUUUGUAUCUGUCCCUUGGUGUCAUGAAGGCUUAGGGCAACAGCAAAAUGACCUGUUAAAAAGAACCUGCUAGAUAUGUUUGUGUAAGCAGUUUGUUGCUCUGAUCAAAUCUACUUACAGCCAAACCUUUUUCUCAUCCAGCUUUGGACAGAGAAAAGUGUUUUCCUAGCCACCCAAUUGUUAUCCAGUGGUCAAACCUGACUUACAAUGGAGAAUAAAUUUUUGAGGGGCAAGGUUUGUACCUUUUCAUACUUUAGCCAAAAAAUAGCAUGUCGUCUGCUGUAUCACUGAUAUCUCUGUUUAAGGCUAGCUGCUAUUGCUUGACCAUCUGGUUAGUAAACUUUUCCAAAAUGUAGUUUGAAGAUUGGCGACUAGAGAAACAGUGGAGAGUUGCAAAGUAACCAAGAAGGAAGUAGGAGGUCUACAUUUUUCAGCUAGCUGGAGUGAGAAGUUUGCUACAGUUUAUAAAGCAAGAGACAAGAAUACAAAUCAAAUUGUUGCUAUUAAAAAGAUCAAACUUGGGCAUAGAUCAGAAGCUAAAGAUGGUAUAAACAGAACAGCCCUUAGAGAAAUAAAGCUACUGCAGGAGCUUAGCCAUCCAAACAUUAUAGGGCUUCUUGAUGCAUUUGGACACAAAUCUAACAUUAGUCUAGUAUUUGAUUUUAUGGAAACUGAUCUAGAGGUUAUAAUAAAGGAUACUAGUCUUGUGUUGACACCUUCUCACAUCAAAGCGUACAUGCUGAUGACACUUCAAGGUUUAGAAUAUUUACAUGAACAUUGGAUUCUUCAUAGGGAUCUUAAACCAAAUAACCUGUUGCUAGAUGAAAAUGGAGUUUUGAAACUGGCUGACUUUGGUUUGGCAAAAUCCUUUGGAAGUCCUAACAGAGUUUACACACACCAAGUAGUAACAAGGUGGUAUCGAGCUCCUGAGCUACUGUUUGGUGCUAGAAUGUAUGGUGUAGGCGUGGAUAUGUGGGCAGUGGGCUGCAUAUUGGCUGAAUUGCUUCUAAGGGUUCCAUUUUUGCCAGGAGACUCUGACCUGGAUCAACUCACAAAGAUAUUCGAAACCUUGGGUACUCCAACAGAGGAGCAGUGGCCUGGUAUGACCAAUCUUCCAGAUUAUGUGACUUUUAAAAGUUUCCCUGGAAUGCCACUUCAUCACAUCUUCAGUGCUGCUGGUGAUGAUUUGCUAGAACUGCUGCAAGGCUUAUUUACAUUUAAUCCUUCUACUAGGGUCACAGCUACUCAGGCACUAAAACAGAAGUAUUUUAGCAGUCGGCCAGCACCAACACCAGGAAGCCAGUUGCCAAGACCCAAUUGCCCUGCAGAAGCCUUGAAAGAGCAACAAAACCCAGCUCCAAAUUUGAAAAGGAAAAGACUGGAUGGAAUAGAUCAAGGGUUACCAAAAAAAUUGGUGUUUUGACUACUGUGGAAACAGGGAUAUUGAAUAUUUCUGCUGCUAUGAAGUCUGAAAAGAUCAAAUAAUGUGAAAACUCAAAAGUCACAAUAUGGAUUUAAGGGGAAUUUGUAAAUGUAAAACAUGUAAAAUGUGUGUAGUGUUAAACUCUAAAAACCAUGUAUUUUUAUUGCUUUGCUUUUUAAAAAAAUAAAAAAGUUAAAGACUCAUUGGUUAAUAAUAUAUAAUUGGUGGGCUAUGGGAACUUGGCAUGUGGUACUGAUGAAUGAGACCUUGUGCUAGAAAUGCCCCGGAGGCUGGAAUCCCAGAUGCAGAGAUUGGAAGUCUGGGUAUGGAUGAAUCUUUGUUUCCCCAGUAUCUGCUCUAGAAAGAAACAGCAACAACCAAAAUAGGUAGUAAGCUCAUUCCAGUUACAUAUGCCAGUGCAGUUGUGGAAAAUAAGCUGAUUUAGUAGAAGAAGGGCUUCAUUGAGUGUCAAUAUGAGCUAUAGUAUUACCAGAAAAGGCUGUAAAUAAAAAUCAUAUUCUGCAAUGGAGAAAGUUAGGUGUAUCUGUACUUUGGUUCAGCCUAGACUGGUAUGGUAGAUUUAGGGCAAUGCACACCUCUCAGCCUUAAUUCCACUUUUAGAAAAUGAGAGUAGGUUCUACCUAACAGGGGUAUUACUACCAAGCCCCCUAGUAAGUAAGCCAUGAGUGAAAAUAAGCCCUGAAUUCCUGCUUGUUGGCUUUCUUGAUACAUCUGGUUGGCCACUGUGAGACAGGAUGCUGAAUUAGAUGAAUUUGAAACAAAGCUGCUCUUGUGCGAGUAAAUCCUAAAACAUUGAUUUUGUGAUAAGAAGGGAUGCCUGAAUGAUUUUUUCACUGAACCCCCCCAGCCAAGCAGACCAAGGCCUCUUUAACCCUGUUAUCUUUUCAACUGCCAAAGAUUUAGCAUUCGCGUGACUAGUUUAUAUAGCUAGAGGUCCCAGUGCAGGAGCAAUUCCCUUAAUUGCUGCAGCAGUGACCAAAGUUGCUGGUUCCAACAUCAGUGCCCCUCUCGUUCUCGGUAUAGGAAUAAUUGCGACAAGCUAUGGGCAUGAGACAAAUUCAUGUGUAAAGGCGGUACGGUAGCUUUUCCACCUCAUCUCCAGAGCAAUCUACCUCUGACCAGAGGCGGUGGGAGACUACUCCUUUCAUGCCCUGCUUGUGGGCUUCCCAGGUCAAUCCCUGUGGGAAAGAGGACAAUAGACUAGAACAGGGGUGGCCAACUUCCAAGAGACUGCGAUCUACUCAGAGUUAAAAACUGGCAGUGAUCUACCCCCUUUUGGGGGGGUACAGGUCAAAGUUGUUGAGCUUUUUUAGGAAGGAAA